GAGUAUUGUAAACGAUUAUCAGUGUAUACCGCAGUUCAGCGAACUUGGCAGCCAUAACAUUUGACCGAUAAUGAUUGACCUUAAUCUCGAAGCCAUGCAACUGCUUCUGGUGUACUUGGUGCCGGGCUGUGACUUCCAUUGUAUUUUCAUUCACAAGAAGGCAUGCAGCGCUGGCAGAACAAACUGGCCGUGGUAACGGGUGCCAGCGGUGGCAUAGGAGCCGCUUGUGCCCGGGCCAUGAUCGGAGCUGGACUGCGGGUAGUGGGCCUGGCACGUCGCGAGGCCAAGCUGAAGGAGCUUCGAGAUGGUCUGCCCCCGCAUCUGCAGGCCAACUUUAUUCCGCGGCGAUGCGAUGUCUCCAAGGAGGAGCAAGUGCUCAGCUCCUUCGAGUGGAUCGAACGGGAGCUAGAGGGAGCGGACGUGCUGGUGAACAAUGCUGGCAUCACCCGCGAGACGGAACUGGUCACUGCAGGCAAUACGCCUAAACUCAGGGAGGUCCUGGACACCAACGUGAUGGGUGUGAUCUGGUGCACCCGCGAGGCCUUUAAUAGCAUGAAGCGGCGAGGUGGCGAGGGACACGUUCUCAUCAUCAACAGUAUCGCCGGACACCAGGUGCUCAACUUCAUCGACGUGCUGCCUUCGUUUAACAUCUAUCCGGCCACCAAGUUCGCUAUCACGGCCCUUACCGAGACAUACCGCCAGGAGUUCCAGCUGCACUCUAAGAAAAUCCGGGUGACCGCCAUUUCGCCUGGCGCCGUGAACACGAACAUCUUCCCGGAAGAGAUCCAUUUCUACGUAAAGGACAUGGCCAGAUUGGAACCAAUCAACGUUGCGGAAGCUGUGAUGUACGCUCUGGGAACCCCAUCUCACGUUCAGGUCCACGAUAUUACUGUUAAGCCGAUGGGCGAAAUCUUUUGAACUUCUAACGUUGCACACUUUUUAAUGGCUUUGCUCUGGAAACGAUUUCGGAAAUAGCACUUA